AUAUUUGCAUGGCAAGUGCCUACCGCCAGUCACAGAACAGCCCAAGUUAGACUCUGCCAGUUCAGGCACCUUGCAGUCUCCAGUCUGUCUUAAAUAUCUUGUUAUACCGUCUGUAAUUAUAAUGUAUAGAGAUCCUUCAGCGUACAUCUCCACAACACUAUCUGAACUUUGCGCCAAUAUUCAAGACCCUAGUGAUUGGCCAAAAGGGUAAGCAUAACAACAAAAAUGACGUCACGCUACCUGCUAUUGGCUCUCGGCAAACCGGCGCGUUACUUGAUUGGUCGAGAAGAUCACGUCACCUGUUUCAAAGUCUGACUUGAAAACACAACAGAGUGGUUUUGUGGUGCCGACUAGAGUUCGGACUUGUACGUGCUCGCCUCAGCCCACGCCCUAGUCCGGACAACAGCGCUUCCCCCAUUUUCAAUAAACAUUUUUACAACUCGGUUCACGUCGCGACCAUGCUGGAAGCCAAACAAAAGCGGAAACGUGUGGUCCUCAAAUCCGACAUCUGCAACAUGUCUACUGCGUACAAGGUCUUCCUUCACGAGGAGGGCGAAGAGGUCGACGAAAUCCGGAGGUUCGUCAUCCAUGAUGACGCCUGCACAUCCUUUGUCUGUGUCCAGAAGAAGCUGGAGGACAUGUAUCCAAAGCUCAAGGACAAAACGUUUGUCGUCACCUGGAAGGAUGACGCGAACGACAUGGUGACCAUCGCCAAUGACGAGGACCUCAUUCUGGCUCUCACUGAGAUGUCCGGCCCGCCCUACAACAUCUACGUCAGGAAAGGUGUUGUCAAGCCAAAAGUGCCAAGUAGACGACGAACUGUCCCGGAAUGGGAGAACAUCAUCAAGGAGCAAGUUCAGAAAGCAGUGGAUCAAAAGGACAUUCUGCUCGAACAAGUCAUCCAGGAGCGAGAUGCUCUCCGUCGAGAUCUUGAUCGUGCUGGUCAGACAAUUGACAGACAACAGACAUUCAUUGAAAAUAUUGUCGGUUCCCAACAAAAAUCACGUCCUCUGAAUAGCCUAGGUAUCCAAUCCGAUGACUUGAACAACGCCCUUUCCAUAUUGGGCGCACCUGUUCCAGGAACUACUUUCCAAACCGAUAAAGGAGGUUUGGAGCACAACAAAAGCGUUCAGCUCCAACGUUUCUUAAUUUCAAACAUUGACCUAAUUUUGCAAAGACGACAGCGAGCAAAAUUUGCUCAUUGAAUAAGUUUGACGACGAAAUAUACGAGUACCUUGUCUCGACGAUCUAUGUCCUUUGUUUGUUUACAAGGUGAAAAUAAAAUUGCACAUUACCAAUUA